AUGGCCAUCUCCCACUCCUGGAGACGUGCAGUCCUCGCUACUGUCGUCCUCCUGACGUUAUUUCUCCUCCUGCGACAUGUGUCUCUCUCACCGAGCAUUCCUUUAGCCGAAGGUGCGGCUGAAGGGAAACAGGCCUCGAGACCCUACCCCCCUCCCAAGUCCCCAAAUGUCGUUCAAGAGUUUCAGCAGGCAGUCCAAGAUGUGAAAGGCAGGCCUCUUCAAGAAAGAUUACGGUACCAUUUCCCUUAUGACAUGGAGUCAAAAUUCCCUGCAUACAUAUGGCAGACAUGGAAAUACGGCCCGGAUUCGGGGAACUUUGAGGAGAGAUUAAGACCGUUUGAGGCGUCGUGGUCAAAUUUACAUCCCGGCUUCGUCCACGAGGUGGUGACAGACGACGCUGCAUUACACCUCAUAAACUAUCUGUAUGCCUCAAUGCCGGAAAUUGUUCAGGCAUACGAGGCCAUGCCCCUGCCUGUGAUCCGCGCCGAUUUCUUCCGCUACCUGAUUCUGCUUGCACGUGGCGGGAUCUACAGCGACAUCGACACCCAAGCUCUCCAGUCUGCCACGGAUUGGUUGCCGCAAACCCUGGACAAGUCUACAGUUGGCCUGGUGGUGGGAAUCGAGGCCGAUCCGGACAGACCCGACUGGAAUCAGUGGUAUGCGAGGAGAAUUCAGUUUUGUCAAUGGACGAUUCAGGCAAAGCCCGGUCACCCGGUUUUGAGAGACAUUGUUGCCACUAUUACUGAAGACACAUUGGCCAUGCAAAAGGCCGGGCGUCUGCGAAAGGGUAGAGAACCAGCCAAGAGCAUCAUGGAAUACACGGGACCCGGGGUGUGGACGGAUGCCCUGUUUUCAUAUUUCAACAACCAAGAAUACUUUGAUUUCAGCAACCGAAAAACGAACGUGUCAUACUCGGAUUUCUUUGCUAUCACCGAACACAAGAAGAUUGGCGACGUCGUGGUGCUGCCAAUCACGAGUUUCAGUCCAGGAGUUGGUCAGAUGGGCUCAGAAGGACCUGAGCACCCAAUGGCCUUUGUGAGACAUGAUUUCGAUGGGUCUUGGAAGCCCGAAAACGAGCGCAUGAAGGACAAUUGA